UCAUUAAUUUAAACAUAAGAGAUGAAGUAAAAUUGAGUAAAAGAGUUAGGAAAAAAUAAAUUAGAAAGAAUACGAGAGAAGCAGAGAGAUAACAGAAGGCAAUCUUACUGUUUUCUUCAUCUUCUUCUUUUUUCCUUCCGUUAAAACCAAAGAGGAAGAACUGGAAUGUCUCUGUUGCUAUCAUCAUCUGCUCAUCGUCCAACUUCCAAUGUUCAUUUCUAUCUCUCUCUUCCUCCGUCUGCCACGCGUCAUUCAUUCCCUAUACGACGCCGUUGCACCUCUCAUUCAUCUCUUGCCAUCACCUUCCGUAGCAGAAGAAACGAAGCUCUUCACUGUUGUUGCUGCUCCUCUAUGCCGCUUCAAAUCUCUACCUCAUCUUCUCAGGAUGAUCAGAAGCAGGAUUGUUUGUUUUCCUCAAGAGCAUACUGGGUUAGUGAAACUACAAUUGCGUGGAAUGUGGAUGCCCCAGAUGGGUUCUGCUAUUUGUAUGCUAGUAAAGCAGCUGCUUUAUCGAUUGAUUAUCAAGGGAUUAAAGGUGAGGACGUGAGAAUUAAGCUUCAAGAGGACAGCGGUGGCCUCCCAGCAAAUGUGGUUGAAAAGUUUCCUCAUAUUCGAGAUUAUAGAACUUUUAAAGUGCCUCCUACUACAGAUGCUAAAUCGCUCGUCAAAUGUCAGUUAGCAGUUGCUACUUUCAGUUCUGAUGGGAAAUGUAGUGAUGCUACUGGUUUACAGUUACCGGGUAUCCUGGAUGACCUAUUCUCAUAUGAUGGUCCUCUUGGUGCUGUUUUUUCAGAAGAAACUGUCUCACUUUACCUUUGGGCGCCUACUGCUCAAGUUGUAUGUGCCUGCAUCUAUCGGGAUCCAUUAGAUGAAAAUCCCCUAGAAAUUGUCCCGCUUAAGGAGAUUAAUGGCAUUUGGAGUAUUAAAGGACCGAAAAGCUGGGAAGGUUGUUAUUAUGUCUAUGAAGUAUCUGUCUUCCAUCCUAGCACAUUGCAAGUUGAAAAAUGCUAUGCAAAUGAUCCAUAUGCUAGAGGGCUUUCAUCAGAUGGCAGACGAACAUUGUUGGUCAAUGUUGAUUCUGAUUCUCUAAAACCAGAAGGAUGGGAUAGAUUGGCAAAUGAGAAACCUGAUAUAGCUUCUUUCUCCGACAUAAGUAUAUAUGAGUUACAUGUACGAGACUUCAGUGUCAAUGACCACACUGUGCAUCCUGACUUUCGAGGUGGUUAUCUAGCCUUUACCAUGCAGGACUCAGCAGGUGUACUUCACCUGAAGAAAUUAUCCAAUGCUGGUAUUACUCAUGUCCAUCUCCUUCCAACCUUCCAGUUUGCUGGUGUUGAUGAUGAGAAAGAGAAAUGGAAGAAUGUGGAUACCAAGGUGCUGGAAAAGUUACUGCCUGAUUCAACUGAGCAACAAGCUCAAAUAACAGCCAUUCAAGAUGAUGAUGCAUAUAACUGGGGGUACAAUCCUGUUCUAUGGGGGGUUCCUAAGGGAAGCUAUGCUUGCAACCCACGAGGUCCUUGCCGUACAAUGGAGUUCAGAAAGAUGGUUCAGGCACUUAACCAAAUUGGCCUUCGUGUUGUGUUGGAUGUUGUCUACAAUCAUUUACAUGGAAGUGGGCCUUUGGAUGAGAAUUCUGUUCUUGAUAAGAUUGUGCCAGGUUACUAUCUGAGAAUGAACACUGAUGGUUUUAUUGAGAACAGUACAUGUGUAAAUAACACCGCUAGCGAGCAUUAUAUGGUUGAGCGCUUGAUUGUUGAUGAUCUUUUGUCUUGGGCAGUUAAUUAUAAGGUUGAUGGGUUCCGGUUUGACCUUAUGGGUCAUAUAAUGAAGAGAACAAUGGUGAAAGCAAAAAGAGCACUUCAUAGCCUGACAAAGGAAAUGCAUGGAGUGGAUGGUUCAAGUAUCUAUAUAUAUGGUGAAGGAUGGGACUUUGGUGAAGUUGCUAAAAAUGGACGUGGCAUAAAUGCUUCUCAAUUCAAUAUAUGUGGGACUGGAAUUGGGAGUUUUAAUGAUCGAAUUCGUGAUGCAAUGCUUGGUGGAUCUCCAUUUGGCCCUCCUCUUCAACAGGGAUUUGUUACUGGUUUAUUGCUGCAGCCCAAUGGUCAUGACCAUGGCACAGUAUCUAAUCAAGAACAAAUGCUUGCUGCUGCAAAGGACCACAUCCAGGUUGGGUUGGCUGCAAACUUGAGAGAUUAUGUACUUACUAAUUCUAAUGGGAAAGAGGUUAAAGGAUCUGAAGUUCUAACUUAUGAUGGGACACCUGUUGCUUAUACAUUAUGCCCCACGGAGACAGUUAAUUAUGUUUCUGCUCAUGACAAUGAAACCCUAUUUGACAUUGUGAACCUUAAGACCCCAAUGGAAAUAUCUGUUGAUGAGAGAUGCAGGAUAAAUCAUUUGGCGACAAGUAUAAUUGCACUCGGACAGGGAAUACCCUUUUUUCAUUCUGGUGAUGAAAUCCUACGCUCAAAAUCACUUGACCGUGAUUCAUACAAUUCUGGUGAUUGGUUCAACAGGUUAGAUUUUACUUGCAAUUCAAACAAUUGGGCUGUGGGCCUUCCUCCUAAACAGAAAAACGAACAUAAUUGGCCAUUAAUAAGACCAAGAUUGGCUGAUCCAUCUUUCAGGCCUCAAAGGAGUCACAUCCUUGCAGCAUUGGAUAAUUUUACAGAAGUAUUACGUAUUCGGUACUCUUCUCCACUUUUUCGUUUGAGGACAGCGAAUGCUAUCCAGCAACGGGUACGUUUUCAUAACACUGGUCCACCAUCAGUCCCUGGUAUUAUAGUGAUGAGCAUUGAAGAUGGUCAUGACGGCCUCCCUGGGUUAACCCAAUUGGAUUCGAACUAUUCAUACAUUGUGGUAAUCUUCAAUGCAUGUCCAACUGAGGUAUCAUUUUGCAACUUUGCACUACGUGGAAGAAAUCUUCAACUUCAUCCUAUACAGAUGAUGUCGGUUCAUGAAGUGGUAAAAAACUCAUCCUAUGAAGCAUCCUUAGGUUGCUUCAACGUGCCUCCAAGGACAACAUCUGUAUUUGUGGAGCCUCGGAAAACUGAGCAGUAUGCUGUCGGAACACCAAAUAAUUCUUAAGUGAAUUUUCCAUCCAGAGGUACGUUGAUCAAGUUUACUCGUUGUAGUUUCUUUCCCAGUUUAAGUAUUAUAAAAUUUAACUUGGACCAGAAAAACCACCUGUCCACGUGUCAUUACUACCUUAAGUUAAAUAAAAAGUGUUUAUGUAGAUAUUCAAACUAUAAUAAUAAAAGAACUUAAUAUUUGACAUGUCAUGCAUAGAAAAAAUUUCUUCCUAUCA